AUGACAAACAUUACAAAAGCAAAUCAGAGGGAAAAAGAGCUUGAUGCUGCCCGAUGCAAAGUUCUUCAACAAACAGCAUUAGCAGAAUAUGACUUAGUACAAGCUAUACAAAAAACUGAAUUGGAACAAAAAUUUUCACAGCGUAAUUAUGAUGAUGAUUCACCAGAACAGAUUACUUUAAAACCUAUUGUUGAUGAGACAUUAGUCAAGGGUGUGUAUGAGAAAAUUAACGUUGCCUCAACCGAAGCUCAAGGUCAAGAGAAAGAGUACACGUCAAUUAUACUUGCAAGAACUCAUUUUGCAGUUGGAAGAUAUGAUAAAUGUGUGGAGACUCUAAGUAUAGAUUUUGUUCCAUCAGAAUUACCAACGGGAUACAAGUUUGUUCUUGUUGUUCAAGGGUUAACCAUUAAAGGAAUGGCUCAUGAAGCUAUAAGUGAUUUAGUUGGUGCCAUUUCAUGUUAUGACCAGGUUGUAAUAUUGUUGUCACAGAAUAUUAAUGAAAAACAUGAUCAAUUGUGGGAAUGGUCUGAAGAGGCUUUAUAUCGUGCGCCUUUGUUGAAAAUACGAUUGGGUGACACGAGUGGAGCUCUUCAGGCUUUUCGAACUUAUCAAUUAUACACUACACUUUGGGGAGACAAAUUCAAAAUCAAUAAACGCGCAAUUAUAUAUAAAUAUUUUAUUAAAUUAUUAUCAAGAAUAUAUCAAGAAGGAACGUAUGUUCCACCAAGUGCUACAUCCCUCAACACAAGUGAGCAAUCUACAGUUUAUACUCCGCAUACUUUUCGUAAUGAAUUGACUGAAUUACAUUCAUUGUAUGAGAAUAUUUUAUACCAGAUUACUACUUUUCCAAAAGCUGGAGAAAUUAAUUCGCGAAUGUUGGAGAUGGUCGAUCAGAUUAUGACUGAUUGGACUGUUUUGGGUAGUGGAACUGCUGCGGAAAUGCGUGGAUUAAUUGAGAUGCUUCACCGUGUAACACAUAAAACCUUUCAAUCCCCAAGGGUAUUGCGACAUCUUAUAAAUACUUUGAUCAUAUAUGGAGAUUAUGAAGAAGCCGAAUUAGCUUUGAACGCGUAUAUUGCACUUGUUGAAAGAGCCAAGGAAACAAAAAUAGAAGACAUCGAAAAGCAGAUGAAUUAUUCGUUGACAGAAAAUGAAGAAAAUGGUGUAUCUCAUGACCUUAAACUCAAUGCCUUUGCCGAGACUUCUGAACAAGUUAUACAAAUACUGAUUACUGGUUCAGAUUUGAUGGCAAAGUAUAUGAAUAAGGCUAAAUUAACGUUGGAAAUUGCACAAAAGGCUGUAAAUUGGUAUGAGAAUGACAACAGUUUGGAUGAUGAUGAAUUAUUAGCACGUGCUUGGCGAUGUGUUGGCGUUGGAUAUAGUUUAUUGGCUACAGAAGAAACUGAUCCGAGAAAGCGACCGGAACUUCAUAGCAAGGCUAUCGAAGCAUUGAAAAUUUCAAUAUCAUUAGAUUCAGAAGCAUUUGAGACUCAUUACCAAUUAUCACUUGAUUAUGCCAUGACAAGGGACAUUAGCCAAGCGAUAAUAAGUGUAAGGCAAGCUUUAACACUAGAUUCUUCAAGCAUGUCAUGUUGGCAUUUAUUAGUGCUAUUGCUUUCUUCUCAGAAAGACAUUCAAGGAGCACUUAAGGCAUGUGAAGUUGCGAUAAAAGAAUCAGAUUGUGAGACAGCUGAUUUCACUGUCGAUUAUAGUACAUCGUCUGCUAUAGGAAAUGACGAUGGAAAUGAAUUUCUUUCAUUUAAAUUGACACAGAAUGCAUUGCAGGAAUUGUCAAGCGGAACCGAAGUUGCCAUUCAGAAUUUUGAUAAAUUAUUUAUGCUAUAUGGAAAAGUAUUCCCAGAUUAUAAUAUUAUAACAUCACCGAAUGGAUCAAUCUACGAUGCUACGAAUUUAUCACUCACAGUUUCAGCAGCUAAACCUCCCGUUCGUAACAGCAGUGUUAAGAGUUUUACUAGUGCUGACAAAAAGGAAGAUUAUAUCACCACUGAAGGAUCAAUUUCUAGCGUUGGACAAAAGGACACACUUGAUGUGCCUAAAGCGAACUAUGCGUCAUCAAUAGCAUCCUCAAGGAAUUCGGCAUCUUCUGGUAUAAGGCGUAGUCCUACAUCAACAAUUGUAGGUGUACAAACUGCUACAACAAAAUUAGUUAAUCAAUCUUUUGCGUAUUCAUUGCAAGCAAUUACAUUAAAAACAAGACAACGUCGUCAACGUGCUGCUAAAGCAUUAACAGAUUUAUGGCUUUCUUCAGCUUCAACUUUCCGAAGACUUGGAAAUUUCGAGGAAGCGCAAAAAGCCAUUGAAAAUGCCGAAGAAGUUGAUAAUUCAAGUCCUGAUGUUUGGUGUCAGUUUGGAUUAUUGUUGCUCAUGCAAGGUAGUUAUACUGAUGCUAUAACAUCUUUUCAUAAGGCACUUGCAAUUGAUGACAAGCAUGUACCUAGUUUGGUACAUUUAGCAAGGACCUACAUGGAAACAGGUGAUUUAGAGAUAGCAGAGGGGCUUUUAGACGGUGUUGCAAAAAGUAAUGGAUGGAAUUGUGCAGAAGCCUGGUUAUAUCUUGGUAAAAUAUAUCAAGCAACUAGUAGAAUUAAAACAGCCAAAAAUUGUUUAUGGUAUGCUUUUGAUUUAGAAGAAACGAAACCAAUUAGGCCAUUUAAUGUAUUACCUAGGUGUUUAUAG